GAAUUGGUGGGAUCAGUUUGGGUGAAUUGUAUAAUUGUGUUGAGCAGUUCACGGUCAUGGAAUCACCAUCUUGGAUGUUCAGCAAAGCGUUAUCACAUCGUCAGAAAGUAUGUCGAUUAUUCAAACGUGCAAUGCGUGAAGUAGAUGGUUACUACGGCACAGAUAUUAGUUUGUAUAUACUUACAUCCGCUGGUGAUAUUAGGAUUAGGCAAGGUUAUCGUUUUAAUCUGGAAGCUCGUUUCCAAAAGGUAGUGAUGCGGGCUCGUUUCGAUGCGUAUAAAAACGAAAAUGAUCCGGACAAAGCUCGACUGUUAUAUUUGGAUGGUUGUCGUCAAAUAUGGGAACGGAAACAUUGGACUACUUUUCGCUUUGGCUCAGACGUCGGUGGUGCAUCAUACGAUCGUGAUAAGCAUAAUAUGCCGGAUGCCAUGCUUGAUAGUACAACGUGGACAAAUGUGGAACGUGAACAAUUUCCUUAUUAUUUCAAUCGACGUGAGCAAAGAAAGAAAGAGCUACUUGCUCAUUGGUCCAAAAUUGAGAAAGAAUGGGAUGAGGAAUUGGCUAAAAUCCAGACUGAACUGCCGAAAUCGUCGGAGAAAGAAGUGAACAAAAAUAAAUAA